AUGGGCCAUGGCGGCACAUUAGACCCACUGGCCGCCGGAAUUCUGAUUGUCGGAGUUGGAAGAGCCACGAAGCAUCUUCAAAGCUACCUGGCUUGUAGCAAGACGUACGAAACGGUAGUGCUGUUUGGUGCAAGUACCGACUCCUAUGACUGCACUGGUGCAAUAGGUCAAAGAGGCCCUUACAAACACGUGACGAAAGAAUUGGUUGAAGAGCGACUUGCGCAGUUCCACGGGACAAUCAUGCAGGUCCCGCCGGUGUACUCGGCGCUGAAGAUCAACGGCAUCAAAGCGUGCGAGUAUGCGCGCGAGGGCAAAGCGCUUCCGCGAGAGCUCGAAAGUCGAGAAAUGACUGUAGAUGAAUGCACUCUAUUGGAAUGGUUUGGAGGUGGGCAACACAGCUUCAACGUUCUGGGUGAUGAGGAGCUUGUGCAAGCGCCUGCUGCUCGUAUACGGCUUAAAGUGUGCUCUGGGUUUUACGUCCGAAGCUUCGCACACGAUCUCGGCAUUGCAUGUGGGACGAGAUCGCACAUGGCGGCGUUGCUCAGAACGAGACAGGCAAAUUUUAGCAUCGGAAGGUUGACAGAAUCUCGGGAUCUUGUGACUGCACUCACCUAUGCCGAUCUUGAUGCAGGCGAAGACGUCUGGGGGCCGAAGCUGCGUCCUCAGCUGGAGGCAUGGGUUGUGGCGAACCCAAAGUCGACUGGGCACAUUAAUGGCAGAGAUGGUGAUGCCAAACGAAGGUUCAUGGAAGAGAAGGAGCUCAGACCCAAGCAGAGAUUUCGAGGUGAGUGGGUGGCAGACACAAAGAAAGAGAGGAUUAAGCAACAAGGCGGGAAGUACAAGGGCAAAUGGGGCCGGAAGACAGCGAAUGCCAGCACGACAGCAGUCGAUACGAGCGCCGAUGUUCAUGCUCAGAAUGUGUCCAAGGCAGCUUCAUUACCGGCUGAAGUAUGA